UUCAAAAGUUUGAUGUUCCAGAUUGCUUAUGUUCUGACAGCAGCUGUCUUAGAAUAGUGGGAUUUAUGAAUAGAUUUUGUACCCUCAUCGUCCUUGUAUCUAUUUCCUGUACCCUUCUCUGUAGUACGAGUGCGUGUCCAUCUUUUCACUGCUCCUGUAAAUGUUGAAAGAGGUUUGCGUCCUUCAAAACUUGGCGCCUGUGGUUAACUUGUCCUCUAUUUUACCAAUCACUUUACAAAGUGGCAACCUUGUUCAUAAUAAUCAAGUUAACGUUGUGAUCAGACAAGAGAGAAUUGUGAUGGGGGAGAAACAUGCACCCCCCGCAAAGGCCCUUGGACUGACUGGGUUUUUGUGCGACAAGUUGCCAACUUCUGAUGAGGUUGCGCUUACACAUUCUCUCAAAGGUUGCUUGAUGAGCUUCGAUCUGUAUGAGUCUGACCAGGAAUUCCAACACAGAGUCAAUAUUCUAGCGCGACUUGAUCAUCUGGCAAAAGACUGGAUCCGUCAAAUGGCAAUUAAGAAGAACUUGACGGACAAUAUGGUGGAAAAAGUCGGAGGGAAGUUGUUCACAUUUGGAUCAUAUAGACUUGGUGUGCACACUAAGGGUGCUGAUAUAGACACACUGCUGGUGGCGCCAAGACAUGUCGAGAGAGAAGACUUCUUCACUUCAUUCUACGAUGUGCUCAGUCAGCAGUCUUGCGUCACACAUCUACGGGCUGUUGAGGAUGCCUUUGUACCUGUGAUCAAAAUGUACUUUGGAGGCAUCGAAAUGGACAUUCUAUUUGCUCGGCUAAACAUGCAGACAGUGACAGACGAGACCGACCUGGGCAAUGAAGAAGUACUGAAGAACUUGCACAUAUCUUGUGUCCGUUCUCUCAACGGUACACGCGUCACUGAUGAGAUUUUAAAGCUAGUACCUGACAGAGACGCUUUCAGACUCACACUGCACGUGAUCAAAUUGUGGGCGCGGCGGAAGGGAAUUUACAGCAAUGUGCUGGGGUUUCUUGGAGGUGUGUCUUGGGCCAUGUUGGUCGCCAGAGUGUGUCAGUUGUAUCCUAGAGCAGCUCCUGCUACCCUGGUGGAGAAAUUUUUCCUUGUCUACAAUUGCUGGAAGUGGCCUACUCCUGUGCUCCUGUGCAAGCCGUCAUCUAAUGUUCACGGUAUCAACCUUCCUGUGUGGGAUCCAACGACAGUAGUGGCCGACCGACUUCAUUUCAUGCCAAUAAUCACUCCAGCCUUCCCGGAACAGAACUCUUCGUAUAACGUAUCAUGUAGUACCCUAACUAUAAUGAAGGAUUUCCUAGCAGAGGGAUUCAAAACAGUGCAAGAGAUCAAAAAAGCUGAGUUGGCCAGGACAGAAGAGGAAAAGCAGAGACGGGCUAAGGGCAUGGCGGGAGCUUCGCACGUGCAACCAAUAGACUCUGCUUGGUCCAAACUUUUUGAACCCUUCUACAUUUACAACAAAUACAAACAUUUCAUCGUUCUUUUCGCUCAGUCCAGCUGUUUAGCCGACCAUCUCGAAUGGUAUGGUCUGGUGGAAAGUAAAAUACGAAUUUUAGUUCAGAACUUAGAGAAGAAAUCUUUUGUUUCUUUGGCACAUGUGAAUCCAAGCUCUUACGACAAUCGCGAUUUCUUAGACAGCCAAACAGCUUCUAGCCAGUCGCCAUCUGACCCCUGCUCAACGCGUUGGUUUAUUGGCAUCACGUUCGACCAGAAUGCACUCACCACUACUAAUGUUGACCUCACAUACGAAAUUCAGUCUUUUUCUCAAACAGUUCAUCACUCUGCGUACAAGAACGGUCUUUUGAAGCCUGGAAUGACGAUUGAAGCGCGGUAUGUGAAGAAGAAAGAUUUGCAGCAGUACUUGCCACAAAAUGUACUCAAAAACCUCAAAACCAGCAGGAAAAAGGUCGAUAUUGAUGCAGAGCCGCAAGGUAGAAAACGGAAAUCCGAGAGCUCUGUUGAGAUGGAAAACGUGGAGAAGAAAACCAAGGCGAUGGAUGUAAGUGACGAUGAGGGUAAGCGAAGUGAGGGGUCUAAGCUGAUGAAGCUGAAGGAGGAACUGGACAUGGCAGAGAGUAAGAAAAAGGAGCUAAUCUGCUCAGCCACAUCCUCACAGCCAUCAAACACAUCAGCCCCGAAUGCAACUGUGCCCUCUGCAGGAAUCACCUCCUCCACUAGCAAAAUUGGAGGUUCCCUGCCCGACGGAUCACAAGUUUAUUUAUGCGAAGAUGUGGAGAAGGAACACUUGGACCUUUGUGUCAAGGCAGAAGCUCACGUAACUUGCCUAAAUGAGGACCUGUGUCAAACAUCCGAACCUCGAGAGGACGUCGUAAAGGAUGACGCGCAAACAGAACCGGAAGUGGAGGGUGUACAAGUGGACAGCAGUUCACCUCUUAAUGUACACCACAAGCUUAAACAGGAAGUGGAAGUGAAUGGAAGUGAAGACAAACGGUGGAUUGAGCAUGUUAUCUCUGUGACGGACGAGGAGGAGAUAGACGAUGACGUCAUAGAGCUACCUCAGUCUCCACCCACUCUUCUGGAGACGCCCCUGGAACGACUGACGGCCACCUAUCGCAACAACCAGGCGGCCCAGCUAUCGUCCUCCACGCACCCCAACCUCAACCAACUCAGUCAGCAGUCACAGUUGGUCAGUAAGCGUAGAUUCUCAGAGGUAGAAUUAAGCACAGAACACCCAAAUCACCCGACCAAUGCAAACAACAACAAGCGAUCAGAACAGGCCAAACUUUCAUCGGAUCUAGCUGUCUCCUCACCCGUGCUCGUAGAUAAGAAGACAGCCAGUCAGCCUCUUUUGGGCAUUAAGCUGAACCUCAACAGAUGAGACCGGUUCACUGCAGUCUACUGGAACAUCUCCUGGUAAUUCAUAGACUGAAAAAGAGACGGGAUCUCGCCCCACGAGCAAUCAUGAAACUCGAUUUGUUCGUGUUACUGGCCUCAAUAAUACUUUGUUUUACUAUAUUUUUCUGCUCUCUUUUGAUCUAAUCUUAACUAGAAGUUUCAUUGGUCAGAGAGUGAAAGCCUUCUUGUUUUUUGUUCAUUUUACAAAAACAAACAAAAAUGCAAAAAUUUCAAAAAACCAAAAAAAAAAUCAAUUAGUUUGUACAAUGGAUGCUACAAGAGUUGGAAUUAGUGUCCUGCUGAGGUGUUAACAAAUGGAGCAAGUGUUUGGGAUUUCUAUGAAUCAGAAAACGUGAUCUGUCGUUACAAGAUUCGAGAUGUGCUGCUGAUUUUCUCUACUCCUAUCCUGUGUGCAAUUGUAUCGCGGCUGACAUCUGAUCUCGCGCGACGUUUAAUUCGGACUCGGCCAGAUUUGAUCUUGGCCUUGAUCUCUCUCUUGUCGCUGUUUGAUUUAUAUCGUCCAUAUUUUGUUCACAGUAUUACUUCGCCGCAGUACUCAAAAGGCAUCGUUGACGCUACUGUAAUAGUAAUAUAUUUUCUGAUUUGUUCAGUUUUCAUUUUGUAUGGCAAAGAUUUUUGUUUAGAUGUUGAACUCGUUAAGAAAAGUGCCAAUUAUGCCCUGUUUGAGUUAAGCUUACUACCUUACGUCUACUGAUGAUUAUUUUUAUCAAAAUUUAUUAUUUUACAAAGA